CACCGGUGUUGGGGACUGGAGCGCGGCGGGUCCGAGUCGGCCUUCCAGGAGCCUUGGAGACCCGAGGCGGGGGCCGCGACGAGGGCACGAGCGGAGGGCCGCUAGGCGCACGCCGUGGUCGCGAGCGACGGUCGCGCCCCCCGAGCCUCGGUUUCUCCGGGUGUAGCCUGGGCCGCCCUGCGGGCUGUGGGGCGGUGCCCCGCGUCACGUGCUCUCCGACCCCCGGGCGGCAGGGGAGACGGUGUCCUGGGCGUCUGUGCCCUAGUCGGACGGAGAGACUGAGGCCCGGAGCCGGGACGUCCGCGUAUCCGUCGCUUUCUGCGCGUCCCCAAGUACAGGUUCUGAUGGCGACCGCGGCGCUGACGGACCCGGCGCAGGUGAGAGAGGAAGCUUAAGACCCCCUCCCCCGCCAGCCACCUAGAUCCCUCCGGGAGGGACCCGAAUCUCGGCUCAGGGAGGGACUUUACCCGGACGUCUUGUCUCCCCUCUCGGUUCGUCCUAGGCCCCGGGGUUCACGCCAGUGGAGCGUGCACGUGUGAGAUCCCCGCUUCGGGCAGCCAAGGGAGUGAGCUGUAGAAGGAAGUUCCAAGCGGAGGGUCCCGCACGUGCAAAAGCUGGGAGGGGAGACGGAGCCUAGGUGCUUCGGGAACCGAGCUUCCGGACGUGAGCACGGGAGAGAAAUGGCAGGCUGAGGAGUUGUGUCGGGAGCCGUGGGAGGAUUCGAACAGAGACUGGACGUGCUUUAAGUUAGGGUUUUUAAAAGUAUCCCACGGUUUGCUUGGCGGAGAAAUGACGCAGAGCGGGGGUGGCCGUGUGCAGGGGCCGGGCGCUGUCACAGCCCGGGUGGCCGAAGACGGCACCUGCGGCACACUGGGACUGGGCCAGUGGAGAUGGGGAAAGUGGUUGGAUUCUGGAGAGAUCUGAUGUCUCAGGUGCGGCGUGGGAGCGAGUGGCCCGAGUGGAGCACAGUCCCAAGGUUUUUGGCCUGAGCACCCAGAAGAACAGAACUGCUGAAUUUGAAGGGAAAGCAGGCUUCAGAGUAAGAUCAGGGAAUCUGUGCUGUCCCGGAGUGGAGGGCCUGAUGGCCUUCGAGGAUGUGGCCGUGUACUUCUCCCACGAGGAGUGGGAGCUCCUGGACACAGCCCAGAGGGCCUUGUACUGCCACGUGAUGCUGGAGAACUUCGCACUUGUGGCCUCGCUGGGACUCUCUGCCUCACGACCCCGGGUAGUCGUCCAGCUUGAGCGUGGAGAGGAGCCCUGGGUUCUCGGUGGGACAGCUGCAACACCAGCCAGGACUGCUCACAGGAAGCCCAGCCCUGCGCCUCCUGGAGGCUCUGGCCUUGGCUUGCCCACCAAGGGGGAGCUCCCGUGGGACCCCAUUCCAGGCACCGGGGCACAGCCUUUACCAGGACGCUCCUGGUCCUGCUUUCAUGGAGGUUCCCGUCAUCUGGCAUACGACAGGGUUGUUCCAGGAGAAGCAGAACUGCCAGGGGCCUUCCAUGAUGGCUCCCCUCCAGCACCUCCGAGGAUCCUCCCCUUCGCUGGCAUCUGUGAGCGUGGGAAAAGCCUGGACGGCUGGUGGGGCACCUCCCCCUCUCAGGAGAAAAAACCCACAGGGGUGUCUGUAAUCUACUGGGAACGGCUCCUGCUAGGUCCUGGCAGUGGGGAGGCCAGUGUCAGUCUGCGGCUGACCUCCCCACUGAGGAUGGCCGAGGACAACCCACCUAGGGAGAAGGCCUUUGUGACCCGCCCCAUGCCAGGCAAGCAGCUAAGGGCAUGUGGGGGCCAGAAGCCAUAUGGGCGGGAGGCACCUGGAAGCGCUUUCCCCAAAAUUCCAGAAUUUGAGUCUGGUCUCACCUCCGGGGAAGGAGGAAAGAGUCCAGCUAGCCACAAGCCUCAUGGACUCCCCGCUGGCCAGGAGCCCCCAGCCUGGGAUCAGCUGGGCAAGGCCCUCCACACAGGCCCUGGCCUCCUUCCCGGGGAGAAGCCCUUCGAAUGCAGGGCGUGCAACAAAGUGUUCGUGAAGAGCUCGGACCUGCUCAAGCACCUGCGCACGCACACCGGAGAGCGGCCGUAUGAAUGCGCGCAGUGCGGCAAGGCCUUCAGCCAGACGUCGCACCUGACGCAGCACCAGCGCAUCCACAGCGGUGAGACGCCCUACGCGUGCCCGGCCUGUGGCAAGGCCUUCCGCCAUAGCUCCUCGCUGGUGAGGCACCAGCGCAUACACACAGCCGAGAAGUCCUUCCGCUGCAGUGAGUGUGGCAAGGCCUUCAGCCACGGCUCCAACCUCAGCCAGCACCGCAAGAUCCACGCAGGCGGGCGGCCCUACGCGUGUGCCCAGUGUGGCCGCCGUUUCUGCCGCAACUCACACCUCAUUCAGCAUGAGCGCAUGCACACGGGUGAGAAGCCUUAUACUUGUGCCCUUUGCGGUGCCGCCUUCAGCCAGGGUUCCUCACUCUCCAAUCACCAGCGUGUGCACACAGGCGAGAAGCCGUUCGCCUGCGCACAGUGUGGCCGCGCCUUCAGCCACAGCUCUAACCUCACGCAGCAUCAGCUGCUGCACACGGGCGAGCGGCCCUUCCGCUGCGGGGACUGCGGGAAGGCUUUUGCCAAGGGCGCGGUGUUGCUCAGCCACCGACGCAUCCACACCGGUGAGAAGCCCUUUGUGUGCGCACAUUGUGGCCGCGCCUUCCGCGAGCGCCCGGCCCUCUUCCACCACCAGAGGAUCCACACGGGAGAGAAACCUGUGCGCAGACCCCGGCGUGGGGCAGGCCUGACCCCCCAGGCCAGGCCUUCUUCGGUGGUGUCAUCAGAGGGCUCACUGGGGAGGGAAGCGGGGUCCACUCCUGCCUCAGGUCCAGCCACAGUUUCGAAGCCUGCUGAAGCCUGAGUUCACAGCUCCAACCUUCCCUGGCUUGUCGUAAAACACCUGCGUUCCCUGCAUAUCCACGUUUUGGAGAAGACCGGUGUGUGCACUGUGGUUCCAUGUGCACGUGGUGACGAUAUUUGCCAUUUCAGCCACGGCUCACUCCAACCCUAAGUGGUCAGGCUGCAGAAAUAGCAGGGGGAUAUUCUCCCCAUUUGGAUGCUGGGACUUUGGCAAGGCAGAGACUUGGCAAUAGACUGGCGUUUCAUGCCUAUGAUGACUGUGGGUGCCCAGGUGAGGAGGGGGACUGCUGGAAUGCGGGGGAGGCAGUCCUAGAAGUUUCCCCUGUCCAUGCACAAACUGGCCGCCAGGCCGACCCUCAGGAUAUUCUUCCAAGACCUCACUUCCUCCAAGGCCUCCUGGGAGCGGACCCAGUGGGUAGGAGGUCAUGUGGGGGUCUGGUGUUGACCUUGGGCUCUGUCUUAGCAUCCACCUCUGGGGAAAAGAACAGACGAGAGAGGGAGAGAGAUUCAGGCCUACAGAGGGAUUCUGACAGGCAGGAUCUUGCUAAGGGCCAACAUGUGCCAGUUGCCAGCCCUGUGAGGCAGCCGCUGUGACUGCUAUCCCCACUUCUCAGAUGAGGAAACGGAGGCAGAGAGAGGGGAUGUGAGUUGUACACAGCAGAGCCAGGACUCGAAUCCAGGCCACAGGCCCAGCAUCCAGACAGCUCACCAGUCUGCCCCCAGGCUCUGGCAGCUGUGCUCGGGUCUGCCAGUGUGAGAGCUGGGUGAUGCCAGGCCUGGCCGCCCGCACAUGGCAGUCCCACAGUGGGUGGGCCAAGUAGAGGUGGAGGUCCCUGGGGUGGGGAGAGGGAGACAGACAUCAAGAAUGAUGGCUCUUGAGCCGUGCUCUUUCAUUCGGUUUCGCAUCCAAGCCUCAGCAUUGGCCACGUCCCGUUGUUACCAAAGGUACCGCUGCAGGAGCCUUUAUAUCCCCCCUGCCCUGACGAGAGGUGAUCAUAACAACAGGUUUGGAGGAGACCGCAUGGGGCUCCUUGGUUCUCCCUGUGGCCCUCAGCAGACCAGGGCCCAUCCUGACCUCAGUCCUCACACCCAGGGAUGUUAGUGGUCUCUUUACUUGGGAACAAAAAAGAAAGAGCAAAAAUUAGAAGUUGGAAUGGAUGCACAUUGUGUAAAUCCUUGCACAGCACUGGGAA